UUAAAAGAACCCUGGAUUACGCUACGCCGCUCUUUAAAAUAAAAUAAAAAAAAAUUAAAUUUAUUUUCUCUGCGAUUCUCUUUCUUCCCCACCACGCACAUAGUACACACACAUUGAGAUUCUUCCACACGCAGCUAUAUUCCUAAAACCCCUUCCAAUUUGAGCUUACAAUUGCUAUACAUACAUAUAUAAUAUAUACGUAUACGCCGCCAUAGCAGAGUUCUCCAAAUUCCUGAGACUGAGCGGCUUUAAUCAGCUUUUUUUUUUUUUUUGAGAUAAAAAUGGCGACAAGGAUUGCUCUGAAAUUCUUAAGAGACUGCUCUGUUUAUAGGAAGAUUAAAUCCAACAAUAUUUCGCGGCAUUCAUUCUGCACAGGUGCUUCAACUGCAGCUACUCCUCCGCCUCCAAUCUCCAAAAAAGUUCCUCAGUUUUCCAAAACGGGUAGGUUAUUUACUGGAGCUGUUCUAAGUCUACUUAUAGGUGGAGGAGCAUAUGCGAGUACUGUGGAUGAAGCAACUUUCUGUGACUGGCUAUUCUCGGCAACAAAAUUAGUCAAUCCUUUCUUUGCAUUUCUGGAUCCAGAAAUUGCCCACCGACUAGCAGUUUCUGCUGCAGCUCGUGGGUGGGUCCCGAUAGAGAAGAGGCCCGAUCCACAAAUAUUAGGCCUCCAAGUUUGGGGAAGAAGAUUCUCCAAUCCAAUUGGUCUUUCUGCAGGUUUUGACAAAAAUGCCGAAGCUGUUGAAGGCUUACUCGGGUUAGGUUUUGGCUUUGUGGAGGUUGGCUCGGUCACCCCAGUUCCACAGGAGGGUAAUCCAAAGCCUCGUAUUUUCAGAUUGCCAAAGGAAGGUGCUAUAAUCAAUAGAUGUGGAUUUAAUAGCGAAGGAAUUGUUGCUGUUGCAAAGAGGCUUGGUGCACAACAUGGUAAGAGAAAAAUGGAGACAUCGAGCAGUUCAUCUUCGACUGAGGAUGAAAAUGUGCAUGGAGGGAAAGCGGGACCCGGAAUUCUUGGGGUUAAUCUUGGAAAAAACAAGACUAGUGAAGAUGCUGCCGCUGAUUAUGUUCAAGGAGUUCAUACAUUAUCACAAUAUGCUGAUUACUUGGUUAUCAAUAUUUCAUCCCCCAAUACUCCUGGAUUGAGACAACUUCAGGGGAGAAAACAAUUGAAAGACCUUGUUAAGAAGAUACAAGCGGCUCGGGAUGAAAUGCAAUGGGGUGAAGAAGGGCCACCACCACUGCUUGUGAAAAUUGCUCCAGACUUGUCUAAACAGGAUCUUGAAGAUAUUGCAGCGGUUGCUCAAGCUCUUCGAGUUGAUGGAUUGAUUAUAUCAAACACAACAAUUCAAAGACCUGAUUCUGUAAGUAAAGAUCCUACUGCUGAAGAAACUGGUGGCUUAAGUGGAAAACCACUCUUCGACUUAUCCACAAAUAUUCUCAAGGACAUGUAUAAUCUUACAAAGGGAAGGAUUCCUUUGAUUGGCUGCGGAGGUAUUAGCAGUGGAGAAGAUGCAUACAAGAAAAUACGUGCUGGAGCAACACUCGUCCAGCUUUACACUGCAUUUGCGUAUGGUGGGCCCGCCCUUAUACCUCAGAUCAAGGCGGAACUUGCGGAAUGCUUAGAGAGAGAUGGUUACAAGUCUAUUUAUGAGGCUGUUGGAGCUGACUGCAGAUAGCCUCGAAUGCCUAGAGGCAUGUUACAUUAUCGUUUUUUUAUUUAUGAUUUUUCCCUUUGAGUAUUUAUUUCUCUCCAUUUUUUUUUAUGUACCACAGUUGAAAUGUUGAUCGGUUUUUGAAAUUCGUUAUUGGAUUGAAAUAAUUAUAGAGUUAUUUAUGAUUGUUUAUGGA